AGAUCCAAUAAUUAAGUUCAUGCCAUCUUUAAACCCUACCGGUAGUUAUCUCUUAAACCAAUAAAAACUUGCCGCCACGGUCGCCGGGAAACUCAGAGCUCUCUCUCUCUUCUAUCGAAUUCUCCGGGAAGUGAUAAUGGUGGCGUGUUCUGUUGGGGAGCAACACUUCCUUAAAGGUGGGAUUGCUCAGGAACUUCGAACUGAUGGUCGGAAAAGAUUGACUUACCGUCAUACCUACGUCGAAACAGGUGUUAUUCCGCAGGCUAAUGGUUCAGCGAGAGUUAGGAUAGGUGGAACUGAUGUGAUUGCCAGUGUAAAGGCUGAGAUUGGGAGGCCAAGUUCGCUCCAACCUGAUAAAGGAAAGGUUGCUGUUUUCAUUGAUUGCAGUCCAACAGCAGAACCUACCUUCGGGGUGAGCUUCUAUCUAGCACUUGUCACAUGUGUUCUCUGGUUUCUCCUGGGUAGAGGGGGUGAGGAAUUGUCUUCUGAGCUUGCUUUGGCUCUUCAAAAAUGUCUUCUAGGUGGCAAAAGCGGAGCAGGCGCUGGGAUAAAUUUAUCUUCGCUUUUGAUCAAAGAAGGAAGAGUCUGCUGGGACCUUUAUAUAGAUGGGCUUGUCAUUAGCUCUGAUGGGAAUCUACUGGAUGCACUGAGUGCUGCCAUUAAGGCUGCUUUAACCAACACAGCUCUACCAAAAGUCCAAGUUUCAGCUGAAGUGGCGGAUGAUGAGCAACCAGAGAUUGACAUCAGCGACGAAGAGUAUCAACAGUUUGGCACUUCCAGUGUCCCAAUCAUAGUCACGUUAACUAAAGUGGGAGAGCAUUACAUAGUUGAUGCAACAGAGGAAGAGGAGUCUCAAAUGAGCUCAGCUGUGUCUAUAUCAGUGAACCGGGCGGGACAUAUCUGUGGGUUAACCAAAAGAGGCGGGUCUGGUUUAGACCAGAGCGUCAUCCUUGACAUGAUCUCUGUGGCCAAGCAUGUGUCAGAGACUCUGAUGAACAAGCUUGAUUCUAAGAUUUCAAAGAUCCAUAAACAAUUAGUUGACUCCAUUGUUUAUGGAUCUUUGUUUAAAGUGGAAAUAAAACAUAACAAGUUACAUGAGAAGAUUGUGAUAUCUUUUGGGAGUAGAGAUUGAGAAGUGAGUGUGAGGUCACCUUUGAAGAAAACUUUUGUGGUCCAUGAUUAAGCCCAAAGGUCAAAAUCAAAUAGUGUUGUGUGUGUGACCAGUGUUGAUCACGUGUGUAAUCUCAGCUUUGGGGUUUGGUAAUGACUUUGAAAAAUUAAACUCUUUUCUCCAAUUUUGAAAUUUAUUGAAAAUUUA